UAUCCCUCGAAUAAUCUAUCAGACCAAGAUGUCUCGUUUGUUCUUCACUUUGUUUGUCGUCUUGGCAGUGUUUUCCAUUGCGGCUUUGAGCGAGGAACGUAAAAGAUGCCCGAGGAACGAGGUCUGGUCCGAAUGUGGUGGACGUUGCCAAGCAACCUGCCAAAAUCAAAACCCGAUCUGCCCUCUAAUCUGCGAACCGGGAUGCGUGUGCAGAAAAGGUCUGAUUAGGAGCAGCCCAAAGGGCAGAUGUAUUCAGAAGUGUAAAUGUAAUCAUGUUAACUAAUUAUCAUGUUAAAAAGUGGAUUUAUAAAGUCAUCACCGAGAGUGUCUCCAAGAAAUGAUAUUCUUUUUAAAAGUGAAAGGAAUGUUUCGAGAAUAACAAAGUUGUACAUUUUAAAAGAAUCUUUAGAAACAUUUCGUUAUGUUAGGUCGUGCAAUGUUCGCACUUAAUUGCCGAACCGUUACACGAUCUUUAGAAUUUUGAAACCGAAAAUAAAGCACACUUAGAUUGUUUCGUAA